GUACUUCCAAGAGUAGAGAAAAAAUAUGAGGCUUGCUCUCCUCAUCACCCCGAAAGUGACCAGAGGGCGAGUUGCCUGGAUUUUGACUCCUUACAGAGGUUUCUGACCAAAGGAUUCAUUCCUCCCUAACUAGAUGGGGUUGGAGGGAAUAAAGCAGUAUUGGAUAUUUUCUUGUCUGAGAUGCAGCCGAGAAGUUUCUGGAAGCACAGAGUGGACUCAGAUGCUUCCUCUCCAGCCUCACAGGCUGGCAGGCAGCCUGUGAUGGGGCCCUGCUCAGAAGACCCCCACCUCUGCGGGGCCUCCAGGCUCCUGGGAUUCACCAGCCUCCUCCUCAGUGUCUGCUGCACUGGGGUCAAGAGUUCUGUAGCACCUGAUCCUGGAGUUCAGGAUUCUGGAGUCCAUGUUCCCCUGCAGGGGAUCCGAGGAGGUUCUGUGCUGUUUCACGUGCCCAAGAAGCAAGAAGCUGAACCAGAGGAGGUCUCGUGGGGCUUUGGCCCUGAGUCAAACUACAGAGUCUUCAUGCGAGUCCACCGUGGGAAAGACACCCCAACCUGGGUCAGCCUCCAGGACAAGUACCAGCAGAGGGUCCAUGUGCCCAAUGUGACGUCCCUGAGGAUUGAGAACCUGAUCCCAGAGGACAGUGGGCAGUAUCGGGCUCGAGCCAGCUUCAUUGGAGGAAUAGAAUUUAACCAGGUUUUCCUCCUCACUGUCUAUGAUCCUGCACCCCUUCCUCAUAUCCUUGUCAAGUCAGCGUCCUUCACAGCAGGCUGGUGCAAUGCCACUCUGGAGUGCACAGCCCCAGGGGAUACAGAGGACCUGAAGGUGACCUGGGAGAUCAAGGGCCUUCCCAAGGAGCUGGAGCAGAGAGUGACAUCAGAACUACCCUCCAACUCCUGGAAGCUGACUCUGAGCCUGCCCCUGAGCCAGCCCAAUGGCAGCUUGACCUGUGUGGUCAGCAACCAGGUGGGCCAGAAAACUGCCACCUUAGACCUUGGAGAAGUCUGUGUCUCUGGUUCACCUGGAAACAACGGUGCUAAGACCCUGCCAGGCAUCAUAGGGGCUGUCGUGAUUAUGCUGUUGAUCAUCGUAACUGGACUGUUCCUUUGGAAGACCUACGCAAAGAAGAGGAAGAUGAAGACUGAAAGAGGUGUAGAAUUUCAGGACGAUCAGAGGGACAAUGAUGGUGGCGUCCAGUAUGCGGAGCUGAGCCAGCAGGGGUCUGGAGAGGUCACAAACAAGGGUGCUGGUAAACAACAUUUGGAAGAAAAGGAGCCUGGUACUGUCUACAGUGAGGUCUACAAGCCAGAAAGGGAGGCCAUGAAGAUAAUUUAAUCAGAGAAAGCAGAAGAAUCAAAACUACUAGGACACCUCCACUUGGAGCUUGAUUCCUGCAGACACCUGCAUCUCCCAGCUCUGCUCCAGGUUCAGCUGCCCUGUGACCCUCCAGCCCUCAAGUCACUGUGUGCAUGUGGCCUUCUCACAACCUGUGUCGACUUCCCCAGCUGUCUUCCCACUCAAGAUCCUCACCCUGUGGGACGAGAGCUCUUUUCCCAUCAUUGACCCAGCAUCAGCCCCUCUUCUCCUGAAACUUCCCAAAGAGGACCUUCCUGCACAUGAUAAUCCCCACAGCCUCUGCUGUGUGACUGGUGUAUCUUUCUGAGCACUCAAGCCCAGGCAUGGAGACAGUGUAAAGGUGUUGACCAGACUACAGAGGACAAGGUUAGGCUUUGGUGCUGGGUGCUGAGUUGGGCGUCUGUGGAGACAGCAUGGGUAGUGGGAGCUUCUAAAGGACUGGCCUGAGGUUUCCUUUGCCCCAUAUGUCGGACAGUGUGUUUGUGUGUGUAUGUCUAUUUGUCGGUAUGUGUGCUGGGGGGCUAGCCAGUGCACAUUAUACAGUGGUCCAGCCCUUGUUCCUAAUCACUAGUACUAACUAACCUCAGCUUCAGCUCGUGGACCUCAAAUCCACCUCCUGUGGAGUGGGUAGGGGAAUUUGUACUGUUUCUGGCCCUUCAAAACCUUCUGUGUCUCAGAAGGACCAGGUUGGGAUUUGUAUUCAUAGACAAGUAGCUUCAGGGCAUUCCUGCCUGGUGUGGGGGGUCAUUAGAAUGGAAGUGGAAUGUGCUACCUGCCCCCCCCCCACACACACACUGUAAUGAAGCUGCUGUGAGAAGUGAAGCUUGUGGGAAGGUGUGAAUCAGUCCUCUCCUGCCUCUUCUACUGACCCUCAUUCCCCACAACCUGCUGGCCUCACAUGCUAGUCAGCCUCCUGUUUGCUUACUCACAUACUUCUGCCUGAAAUGAUGGGUCCCUCCCUGCCCCUUACUUCUGUCCCUGCCUGUUGGAAUCCUAGCAUUCCACCCAAUCCUAGACCCCCUUCCAGGUCACAUGGUAUACGUGUACCCAAAGAUUUGGAAAUGGUCUCUCCCACAUCUAACAUUUUCAAACACAACUGACUUAACCAAUUUGGCUGCCAUAGUUUGACUUGGGUUGGUCAUCAGUCUUCCCUGCCUGCUUCACCUCAUGGCUUUAGGAGGCCAGUGCCAAAGAGACAAGCACCUCUCUUUGUGAAUUGUCUGAGCUAUUCUUCCUCUCAACUCCCACAGGAACUCAGCAGAUUGAUCUCAGAGCACAGCAUCUACCAAAGGUGUUUCUGGUAGUAAGUCCACAAGGAAGCAAAGAUGGACGUGAUGAACCCCAACAAUCCUGCCUAAUCACGAUUGCUUGAGGACUUGAUGUCACCCACACUGUACUGUGGGGGAUCUUCUCCUCUUCCUCGGGGUCUUCCUCUCCUCAAAGCCUCUGUCUCCUGCCUUCAGUUCCAGCUCUUGAGUUGGAGAUGGACUCACUCUGGUGCUAUGAUCUGUGUCCUUUUGUCUGCUGGCCUGCAUUCUUGAAUCUCUUGGUUUCCCACCCAGCUCAGCAAUCUUAGCUUCUUCAUUUCUGACCUCAGAAAGAAAAGUUCUGAACUGAAAUCCUGAGCAAUAAGAAGCAAUGCUAGGAUUCUGCUGGAUAAGGGAGAAGCAGAGUUUCCUUAAUAAGGCCGUUUCUAGCCUGUUUGUCAGGCUGAACAGAAGGCUAAAGGGAAGAAGAUGACUUCCCUCACUGGAAUCCUAGGUGACCAGUCAUGGCUGGUAUCAUUGCCAUCAGUCCAGAAGCAUUGACCGCCUCCCACCCACCUUGAUUCCCAAAGCAUAAGACAAAAAAGAAAAAAGAAGGGAACUCAACAUUCCAAGCCUAUAUUGAACCAGCUUUUGUCCCAUGAAUUUUAUAAAUAUUAUUUCUUCUUAUAAGAACUCUUUUAUUUUUUUAAUUAAUUUACUUUUCUGGAGGCUAAUUACUUUAUAAUAUUGUAUUGGUUUUGCCAUACAUUGACAUGACUCUUUUAGAGUAGGUAUUACUAUUCCUGGACUUCCCUGGUGGCUCAGAUGGUAAAGUGUCUGCCUACAAUGCAGGAGAUCGGGUUCAAUCCCUGGGUCAGGAAGAUCCCCUGAAGAAGGAAAUGGCAACCCACUUCAGUAUUCUUGCCUGGAAAAUCCCAUGGAUGGAGGAGCCUGGUAGGCUACAGUCCAUGGGGUUGCAAUUACUUUUCCUAUUUUGUAGGACAAGGAACUAACAUCUCAAAAUAGUUGGUGGCAGAGCAAAUUGUUAAAUUCAAGGCUAGGUAACUCCAGCAUUUAUAUCUUUUCCUUUGCCACGUGGUCAGUGAAGUUCUUGGAAUCCUGGAGUAUUCAGAAAAGAGUAUCUUCCAUUUGUUCCUCUUCCAAGGUUCCUGGUUCUGACUCAAGUGCCUCAACUUGAAUGAGUUCAUCCUGAUGAUAAAUGGAGCAGUUGGUAGGUGAAAGGGGAAUUGUUCCUUAAGAGGACAAUGGAGUGGGAGAUGAGGGUGGGAGACAUGCAAUGACAGGUCCUGUGCUCUGGUUCAGAGGAGACAUUUAGAGCAGAGUUCUUCUUCUUGGGUCUUAUGGGAAUUCCUUCCUCUUAUACAAGGUGUGUUGUGGAUUUCAGCAUCUCUGUUCUCAAGUCAGCUUCCCUUUCAUUAUUAUUCAUAACUUCAUUUCAGAACUAUGUGAUGUUAAAAUCCCCAAUGUACAAAUAAAAAAUUAAAACCCAGAGAUAUUAAGUAUUCUACAGAAGUUCUCACGAGUGUAAGCUACAUAGGCAUGAUCACAGGGGAUAAUAAUCUCACUCAUUUUGAUUCCUUUCUCUGUCAUUCUGGACACCCAAUCAGUUACCAACUGCCACUAUGCUAUCCUUCAUAAAUCUUCCUGUACUCCAUUCUCCUCCACUUCUUUCCUUCCCAUCUUCCACCACCGUUUUUGCAGUUCCACCAGCAGUGUGUGGGAAUUUCUCUGCAUUACCACCAACUCUUGUUAUUUUUAGGUUGUAUCCAUCCCAGUGGUGAUGAAGUGGUAUCUCAUUGUGGUUCUGCAUUGCAUUCCUCAAAUGAUUUAUGCUGAACAUGUUUGCAUGAGCAUAUUGACUUUACUUGAAGAAAUUUCUUUCUCUCUUGAAUUCUUUCUUGUUAUGCAAUGUCCCUGCAUCUCCACUGAGUCUGCUUUUUUUUCCAGUCACCAGGGAAUUCCACAUUGCUAAAUUUAGUGGUCAAUUCUCAAUCCUCAAUUCCCAUAAGUUCUCAGCCACAGUGGAUAUAUAUUUCCUGGAAAUAUUGUUUUCACUUUGCUAUUUUCUACCUACUGGGUGGUUGCUCUGUAGUUUUCUUUAUCAGUAUCUUUCCAACCUCUAAACUUUGGAAUAACCAAGGUUCAUACUCAGACCACCUCGCUUCAUUGUCUACACUCAUUUCUGUUUGAUGCUCUGGCCAUGCAGUAAUCUUGUGACUAUAUGACCUUAUCUGGUAAAAAGGACCUAGAGAUGUGAUCUGUCCCCUGAACUCCACAGUGUGAAUAUCCAACUGUUUACUUGACAUUUCCGCUUGCAUGUAUAACAGGCAUCUCCAUCUUGACAUGUUUAAACUCAGACUCCCCAAACAUGCUUCCUAUACAGUUUCUUAUCCCUCCAAAUGUCACCUCAGUCCUUCCCUUUGUUCUGGCCAUAAAACUUGGGUGUCAUCUUUAACUUCCUUUUUUCUUCAUUUUCAUUUCUUUUUCACUCUCUAUUAAAAAAUACUGAUAGCUCAACAUUCUAGAUAUAGUUGAAUACUUAUUUUUGUAUAUCUAUAUGAAAAAAUAUGUUUAUAACAAAAUGCCUCUUAUCACCUCCCUGGUCCAAUUUCAUCAUUAUUUCUCACUUGGAUUAUUACAGUGGCCUCAGAGUCUCCCACUUUUAUCCUUAAUUCUUUAAUGUCUAUUUUCAUAAUAUCACCCAGAUGAAUCUUUUUAAAGCCUAAGUUGCAUCACAUUCCUUGUUGCUCAAAACUACCCCAUUACAUUACUUGUUAGCUCAAACCUUGCACUUUAUCUGGAAGAUUCUGUAUCAGCUGGCCUCCUCUCCCACACACCCCUCCUUCCUUAAUCCACUAUAGGACACUGAGCUUCCUGCCAGUCCUUCAAUACUCCGUGCAUGCUCCUUCCUCUCUAGAAUUCUUUCCUUCUAGGUAUCCAUGUCUCAUUCCCUGACCUCCUCAAGUCUUUUUAUAGAUGCGAACUUCUCAGUAAGACCUACACUGACCUCCCUAUAUAAAAGUGCCGACUCUUUCUGGUGGCCUCCUCCCUGCUCCCUGUGCUAUUUUUCUCCAUAGCUAGUGUGACAGGGUACAGUUAGUUAUUCUGGGCUGUAGACAGUACGUAUUGAGGUCUCAAAAUAUAAACUGCCAUCCUGUAAUGCAAAUACCAUUAUUAUUCCCAGGAAAUGGCUACACUGGUAAAUCAAUGAAUUUACUCAAGUCACAUAAGUAAUAGAUGGCAGAGCUGGAAUUGAAAUCUUGGAGUUGGAUUCUGAAGCUCUUGACCCCUAUAUACUGGUGAAAUAAAUUAUAUUUUCUCUAUAGGAUGGAAUACUAUUUGUAUACUAAGAAGAGUUAAUUAUAUCCUUAUAUAUUUGAAUGGAAAGUUUCCCAUGAAAUAUUAAAUUAGUUAUGGAAUGUGCAUGGUAUUAGCCUAUAUUAUAAAUAUAUAUAAAUAUGUUUAUGUGGGCAUGAAGUAUUCCAACAGUAAGUAUGUCAAGAAUUUAACAGUAGCUAACGUCUGUGGUCUGUCUCCUUUUCUGUAUCAUUAGUUCCUUUACAACACUAACUAAAAAAGUUAUCUAUUAAAAUUUUUGAACACUGGAGUGACAUGAUAAGAAACGCUUCAGAUAGAUAAAGCCGCAUAUAUGCCAACAAGAACUUUAUCAUCUAAACAAGCUAACGAACUUGUGCUUAUUUCCACUUUCUAUUUUAUUGUUUUAUGGUUUCAGGAUCUUUAUUGAAAUAACCCCUAACGGGUCUACAUCAGUCUAUAUAGUUCAGGCAAAGCAAAAAUUUUGGUUUGAUUUUUUUAUCCAAAAGGACACUCCCCAUGUAUUGCUCACAACCCAGGAUGUUCAUUAAAUCAACUAGAGAACUUUUAUGAACAGAUGCUUGGACUGUAUCCUGAAACUUGGCACCACUUAUAUUUUAUUUUUAACUUUUUUCGCCCAUCCUGAACCCCCCUCCCACCUCCCUCCCCACCUCCCUCCCACCUCCCUCCCCAUCCCAUCCCUCUGGGUCAUCCUAGUGCACUUAUGUUUUGAAAUACUCAUUAGAUGUUUACUCAGUCUUGAGAACUGAAACCUUGGGCCUACACGAAGUCUUCAUGAAAUUCAAAUGGGAAUGUACAUGGCAAAGAAAGUCUGUGAAUGUAUUUUCCAAGUUGUU